AUGUGGAACGGCGUAAAGCUGAAGAUGGACCUGGAUACCGGCUCGUCCGUAUGCGUCAUUCCUAGAGCAACCUACAAAGCCCACCGUCAUCAAUGGCCGAAGUUGCAGGAGCCGAAGAUAAAGCUGGCGUGCUAUUUGGGGAAGCUACCCGUACUCGGAGUACUGUCAAUGCGUGUAUGCCACAAAUUGGCGGAGGUUUAUUGCAACCUAAUCGUCUUGGACUGCGAAGGUCCUCUCCUGUGCGGUCGUAAUUUGCUGCAGAAACUUCAAGAGCAGGGCACAGCAGUACUCCACGUAGCUGCGCCAGCACUCGGGGCGAGCCCGGAGUCUCCGCCCGCGCCUGCUGUGUUGGACCGCUACUCCGACCUGUGCACGGAGGGCGUAGGACUCAUGAAAGGCCCACCGGUGCGCCUUCACAUCAAGCCUGGAGUGACGCCAAAGUUCUUCAAGGCAAGAAAGGUACCCUACGCUCUGUUGGAUAAAGUUUCAGAGGCAUUAGAUCGACUCGUGGCAGCUGGGAUUAUAUCACCAGUGACGCACUCGGAAUGGGCUACGCCCAUUGUUCCAGUCUUAAAGAAAGACGGCACAGUUCGCAUUUGCGGUGACUUCAAGGUUACCUUGAACUUAGUAUGCGAGCUGGAACAAUACCCGCUGCCUCUUAUUGAGGAUAUUUUUGCACAAUUAGGUGGGGGGGAGCGGUUCAGCAUUUUGAAUUUGCGCGACGCCUACAACCAGAUCCUGCUAGACGAAGAGUCUCGCAAAUUGGCCGUGAUAAACACCCACAAGGGCCUCUUUUGCUUCAACCGCCUCCCGUUUGGGAUUGCUUCGGCACCGGCGAUAUUUCAAAGGCGGAUUGAAUCAAUCCUACAGGACUUGUCUGGGGUGCAAGCGUACCUAGAUGACGUGUUGAUAGCGGAAGAGGGUGACAGCGAAAACCGCAAUCUGAUGGCUGUGCUUGAGCCCUUCUGUGAACAUGGCAUUAAGCUUCGUGCUGAUAAGUGCCGCGUUAGCGAGCCCUCUGUUACAUAUCUAGGUCACCGUAUUGACGCGAAUGGACUGCAUCCCAUGGAAAAGAACGUGUAUGCUAUCAGGCUAGCCCUUUCUCCACAGAACGUCUGCGAGCUACGCUCAUUUCUGGGCAUGGUAACCUUUUAUAACAAGUUGAUGCCCGACUUGUCUACCAUUCUAGCGCCGUUGUACAAACUGCUGAAAAAGGGCGCUAAGUGGACGUGGAGCACCAACGAAAAGAAAGCCUUUGCCCAGGUGAAAAAUGCGUUGUGCGUGGCACCAAUACUCACUCAUUUUGAUCCGAACCGUGAGCUCUUCUUAGAGUGUGAUGCGUCCCCAUACGGAGUUGGUGCUACACUUUUUCAUCACGCCGAAGGCGAGAAGCGACCCGUAGGCUUUCGAUCGAGAACGCUGACAACUGCCGAAAGAAAGUACUCUCAGAUCGAGCGCGAGGCGUUAGCCUUGAUAUUUGGUGUUAAUAAGUUUAGGGACUACCUGUUGGGCCGAGAGUUCACUCUGGUUACGGAUCACCAGCCGUUGCUGGGCCUGUUAAGGCACGACCGUCAGACCCCCGUCAUGGCGGCAGCCAGAAUACAAAGAUGGGCGCUACUACUUGGUGCAUACAAGUAUAAACUGCAGUACAGGCCGGGAAAAUUUAUGUUCAACGCGGAUGCAUUAGGCCGGUUACCCCAAUCUCUUGAACAGGAGCUGCAGGACGACGAGGAUGCGGCCGAGUACGUCCUCGUCGUGGACCAGUGGGACGAGCCGGCGGUGCCCAUGAAAGAGCUUCAAGCCCUCACGCAGUCAGACGGCGUACUGUCAAGUGUGUGCAGAUACGUCAUCCAAGGUUGGCCACAACGCACUGCGGAGGAAGGCACAGAGAUGCGGGAGUAUCACAAAAGGCGGAACGAGCUGUCCGUGCAGCAUAACUUGCUUCACUGGGGUCAUCGUGUUGUGGUUCCGACGGAAGCCAGGAAGAAGCUACUGAAGUUAUUACAUGGAGCUCAUCAAGGAGUUUCUGCAAUGAAGGUAGUUGCACGGUCAAAAUUUGGGUGGCCUGGCUUGGACCACGAUAUUGAGCGCUUAACCGCUGUGUGUCAGCACUGCGUACAGGCGUUGCCCAUGCCACCCGCGCAAGCACCCAUUCGCUGGCCAGAGACGCAGGAAAGAUGGUCGCGAUUGCAUGUCGACUUCGCGGGUCCGAUCCAAAACAAGAUGCUUCUUGUCGUCGUGGACUCUCACAGUAAAUGGAUUGAGGCCAUUCCCCUGGCUCACGCGACCUCGCGCAACACAGUCGAUGCCCUGCGAACGCUGUUCAGUAGAUUCGGUCUGCCACACACAGUAGUGUCUGAUAAUGGCACGCCAUUCACCGGAUGGGAGUUCAAGGAGUUCUUGCAACAGAACGGGGUAGUUCACGUGCGGGCCCCCCCGUACCAUCCACAGUGUAAUGGACUCGCCGAACGUGCGGUGCGAACCAUCAAAGACGGACUAAAGAAGUGUGGGGACGCAGACUUGUCAAGGGCGCUGGCUAGAACAUUGUGCCGCUAUAGAAACACGCCGCUUCCGUCCGGGCGCUCACCAUCAGAAAUGUUGUUGGGUUACCAGCUCCACACCCGAUUAGACAUGUGUUUUCCUCCCAGGAGCCGAGCAACAGGGGAUGUCCACUCUGCUGACAGCGCCGAGUGGAACUUCGCACCGGGAGAUCCUGUGUACCUUCGCAAUUACGGCCGUGGUGACAAGUGGACACCUGGGAAGGUCCGGUCAACCUCUGGUGCACGCAUCGUGUCUGUCGACACGGAGAACGGGCUUGUUCACCGGCACAUGGACCAGCUCAGGCGGAGAAGCAUCGAAGAACCGUAG